GAUUAGGAAGGUAAGGCAAUAAAUAGGCCGUAGUGACGAAGUAAUUACAAUUUAGCAAUUAAUAUAACUGAAAUAUAACCGAAUGAUCCACAAAACACAUAAUAGCUGAAUACAUGUUAUCAUCAAAAGUAUUGCAACUGACAGGUUGAGUCAGAGUAAAAUAUAGAUCAAACAGCUACAGGCAACAGAGGCUAUGUCCAAGAUUAUGCCCCACAGUUAUCUUGACACCUCUCUGAAAACGGUCGUCACUAUUUAGCACAGCCACAAAGUCAUAAACCCCGCCUAUUUCUACAAUGAAUGUUCUUAAAAUCUGAUUUUAAAUCUAACCUUAACCAAAUUGCUAACCUUAUGCCAAACCGUAACCUUAAAUUAAUACCAAAAAGCGACUUUUUGUUUUUCGGAAUUUUAACGAUAUACAAUUUGACUUUGUGACUGUGGUAACUAGUUACAACCUCGGUAAACGAAUCAUUUUACGUAGCUAGGUCGUUGAAAUUUUCGUCAUCACGUCCUGUCAACCCUAUGCCUCUGUCUUGGAUGGUAAAAGAGAUGAAUCCUUCUGAUUAAAUGGGAUUUAUGCCAAUUUGUGAAAUAUAGUCUUCAUAUUUGAUAAGCAAAUAGUUUGUAAUUGACAUUGCGGCACUUGAAGAGCUUGAAGACAUCAAAGGAAAUGACAGAAACGUAUGAUUUCCUUUUUAAAUUCUUGGUGAUUGGAAGUGCAGGAUCAGGGAAAUCCUGUCUUCUCCAUCAAUUUAUAGAAAACAAGUUCAAGCAGGACUCCAGCCACACCAUUGGCGUGGAGUUUGGCUCCCGGGUGGUGAUGGUCGCCGGUAAGACGGUCAAGCUGCAGAUCUGGGACACAGCUGGACAGGAGCGAUUCCGGUCAGUGACUCGCAGUUAUUACAGAGGGGCAGCAGGGGCUCUCCUGGUUUAUGACAUCACCAGUCGGGAAACGUACAAUGCCCUGACCAACUGGUUGACAGACGCUCGAACGCUGGCCAGUCCAAACAUCGUCAUCAUCCUGUGUGGGAACAAGAAAGACCUGGAGGCUGACAGAGAGGUCACCUUCCUCGAGGCGGCCCGCUUCGCCCAGGAGAACGAACUGAUGUUCCUGGAGACGAGUGCCCUCACCGGUGAGAAUGUGGAGGAGGCCUUCCUUAAAUGUGGCCGCACCAUCCUCAACAAGAUAGAGUCAGGUGAGUUAGACCCGGAGCGGAUGGGCUCAGGGAUCCAGUAUGGUGACACAACGGUGAGGCAGCUUCGCCAGUCGCCACAGGCUGGCUCAGCACAGGGCAGAGAUCAGUGCAACUGUUAAAGGCUAAUGCUAACCUAGCUCUAAGACACACAGAACCCAUGUCUCCAGGGCCCGAUGUAAAUCUUUCUUCUAACAGUCUCUGCACACUCAGGCCUUUGGAGGACUGCCCUGUGACUCUUGACACCUGCUCUUGGACUACUUCUGGAGAGACCCUGUGUAAAGAUUUGGGCUGGGUUGUCAUGGAGCUAUCUGGGUUGUCACGGAGCUACUCUCCUCCAGGCCUUUCUCUCUCUGACUACUGCUCCAGUCCGCGUCGCUAGGGAAUACAAGUGACAUCAGCAGAGAGGACUGGUCAGUCACAGAGCCAGGCCAAUGGACACACACAGGACAUUUGUUUUCAAUAUCUUUACUCAGAAGCAGCCACAGCAGCUCACAAACCUCUCACUGUUCAAACUCUGAUGGGACCGACAUGAUGUAAGGAGAACAUCACACUUUAAUUUGUGUCUAAUCUCUAUAAAAGUUAAGCCUAUUUAUUGGUUGUGUUGAAAACUGUAAGAUAUUGUAAAUAUAUCAAAAGGAAAUAUAACAUUUAUGUGAUAUUUGUGUAAAAUGUUUUAAGAGACUGAAAAAAAGCAGAGGACUUGUGGUAGUCACCGUGUACACAUACUGUAAUGUGUGAAUGUGUUUGUGAAAAUUGUUACAACGUUAAAGCUGGAAUCCUUAUCGGUGAAACGUCUUGUUUGCUCUAUUACAACAACAAAGAAGUUACUUCAAACAAUGAACACUGUUUUUUCCCUCAGACAUCAUUGCAUGGCAGAGGAGGCUGGUGGGAGGAGCUGUAAGAGGAUGGGCUCAUUGUAAGUGCUGGAAUGGAGUCAACGGAACAUAG